CGAUUUUGUGCACAGCGACUUCUGCAGUUGACUGCCAACGAGCCCCAAGACAAUUUGUUUGUUCAAAAUGUACAGAAGUUCAUCAGAAAGAAGUCUCAGCGAGCAACUUGCGUGUCCGGCCUACACCGUUCCCUUGGCAGUGAGCUUUGAGGAGCAACUGUUGCUGCUCCUUAGCAUGGCCCUGCGAUGGGACUCGGCUGGAGACGAUAUCCAUCAAUAUCAUAAGGAGUGCAUCGCCCUGUCAAAGCUAAUGGACAUCUCUGUGGAUGCGCAGAGGUUUGCAAAGAGCUACUUCCACAACAAGCCAGCACCGUUCGAGAAAAGCCAAAGUAAUUCCAGCAGUGUCCCCAGCAAAAGGGCAAAGAACGCAAAGGCCAGCCAAAAGUUAGAUGAACUGGAGCUCUUGAAAUGUUGCUACCAGUUGCUGCGAAGUGACACGUCCUACUUCCGUGAGUUGUGGGACUGGUCCGGCUUCAUUGCCACCUACUCGCACCUCGAGACCCCCUGCCCGAUGAUACAACUAUACUGCAACUACAUCAUGGCCAUGCUCACGAAUAUGAGCCCAACACAGCGGAAUGCCCAAAAUGCCAAGAUAUCCACAGAAGCACAGCUCCGAUUUGAACGCGAGAAGGAACAGUCAUGGGCCGUAGCCAGGCAGGCCGAGGGCUGCUGCUAUUCUCCCGAAGACGAAACGCCUGAACAGAUGCUGAGCCUGAGCCUCAACCAGAGUGUGACCAACAUUGAGGGCGUACUCUUGCCGACAUUCAACAAGAAGAAUCAGGAAUUCUAUGCAAGCACUGACGGCUGCUACGAUCGCAUUGUAAAGGUGGAUUCGACGGUUGUAAAUCUGCGGAGCAUUGCCCUCGGCGUCGCAGCGGCCAAUCCGAGACGACGCUUAUUGAGUAUCUGGCCCGCAAGACGGGACGCAUUUGCCCCAAGCCCAAGGAGAUUGACACUCGCGAAAAGGCGCUGCGAAAGGCUGAAGAGGAGGACAAAUUGUUGACACCAAAAAAAG